AUGUCGCAGGCAACGCCGGUGGCGAAGCUCCUGGAAACCGUACGGGCCUAUGAAAGCGGCAAUGACAUCCGACAGAUGGUGGCGACCUCCGAGGGAGGCCGAGCUUACAAGCUCCUGGUGAGGCGAGAAGAGACCAGAGCAGCUGCAGAAGCUGAGAAGGCUAACAUCGAGAACGAGACCAAGAAGAGAAAGCAGAUCGCCAACAUCGCGGACAAGUACUCCUCCGCCAGCCUGGCGGAAGACCUGGAGGAGGAGUUCAAACGCCAGACGGUCGGCCUGAUCUCUGCAGAAGAGUUCAAAGCAAAGCGACAAGCCAUCGACGACAUGAUCCGCGAGACGCAGCAAGCUGAAAAGGACAAGAAGGCGCUGCGGGUGAAGCGGACCGUCAAAGCCGCGCAGCUGUCCUUUGAGGCCGAUGACAUUGCGGGCAGUGGGGACGAGGCUUCGGAGGACUCUGGCAGUGACGAAGAUGUCAAGAUCCGCAAAAAGAGGUUCGGCAAAGAUCCCAACGCGAAGACGGACUUUUUGUACGACGCAGACAGAGAAGCAGAGCUGCUUCGAAAGAAGAAAGAGCUGAUCGUGCAGUACAAGAAAGAACAGGAAGAGGUCCAGAAGCAGAAGCUCGAAGUGACGUUCUCCUACUGGGAUGGUUCUGGGCACCGACGAAAUUGCGUGAUAGAGAAGGGUUACAGCAUCGGCAAGUUCCUGCAGAAGGCGAAGAUGGAGCUCGAGAAGUCGGACUUCCCGGAGCUGAGGACCGUGGGCUCGGACACCUUGAUGUACGUGAAGGAAGACCUGAUCAUCCCGCACAACAUCACCUUCUACGAGCUGAUCAAGGAGAAGGCUCGAGGGAAGUCCGGGCCGCUCUUCCACUUCGAUGUGCACGAGGACAUCCGAAUGGCCAACGACGCUCGUGUGGAGAAGGAUGAGAGUCACGCCGGGAAGAUCGUGGACCGCAAGUGGUACGAGCGAAACAAGCACGUCUUUCCCGCCAGCCGCUGGGAGAUGUACUCAAGGGAGAAGACCUAUGACAAGUACACCGUGCAUGGCAAUGUGGACCACUCCAAGCCGGUGAACGCUGUCGACAAGUCUUUUUCUUGCCAUGGCGUCCGCAUGGCCGGAGUGCCGAAGCUGCCUUCGGAACACCCCGACCCGAUUUGCUUCGGCACCGAGGCGGGGGUUCUGUUCCCAGAGCACCUCUGCUGCGACGAUUCCCAGUUUCCCGGCGGCUUCUGGCGCUGCUGGGAUGGGCCCUUUACCUACGAGAACUGCUGCCAGCAGAGCUCCCCCCAGUGCUCGGAGCACCUGGUCUCAGAGGUCUGGAAGUUCCUGGACCCUGACGCCAAGACCACGUACCGGGACUUCUGGCUCAGCGACGCUUUCUACCAGAUCUCCCGGGUGCGCAACGCGUCGCUGGCGUGCAAGACGGCCUUCGUGGCCAGCCGCGUGCUGGCGCUGACCAAGCUGAGCUGGAUCGAGCAGUGGGAGGUGAUCUUCUCCCCGCGCCGCGCGGUGGAUCACCACAACUUCCAGCUCCGCGCCAUUGCGGAGGCCAUGUGGGCGCUCCUGGAGGAGAUCCCGCUGUGGGAGUUCUUGUCUGCUGCUUCCGCGGAGUUUGUGCUGGGCCGCCUCUACGGGCACAGCAAGAAGUUGGCGUAUUACCUGCUUUCAGAUGGCAUGCCGUUGCUGUCAGGCCGUUUGCCCGUGAGCGACGGGGGAUCGAGCGAGUUCCAAGAGCUCCUGAAGCGGCGGAUGAACUUGAAGCUGCCUUUGCCGCUGGAGGAGGCGCGGGCCUACCUCAGCUCCAGCUGGAGCCUCCCCUUCGGCCGCAUCUGCGCGCUUCUGGUGCUGGCCCAUGAGGCGGAUGCGGCGGCUGCGGCGCAAGGGCGCGUGGAGGCGGCGCAAGAAGAGCUGCGGAAGUGGGUCGACCAGAACGACUACGCGGACCUCUUCUUUAGCCAUUGGCCGAUUUUUCGUCUCAUGCUACACCUUCACUAUCACCUCCAGGGCCGCAGGAUUGUCCACAAGGAGGUGGAUGUGCUGGUGUUGUCCUGCGCCCAUCUUCCAUUGGACGGCCUCAACUGGACCCAACCCACCUUGGACCCCGCCGGCUGCAUCGAAGAUUUGCACCGGCGGGUCCUCAGCGGUGAGUUCCAUCACCAGAGGUGGGUGCUGCUGGUGAAUGGUCUUUGGACUGCGCAGCAUGCCGCAUCCAUCCGGGAUGGCCUGAUUCUAGCCCAGGAUGUGGAUGCGUCCAUGGCCAUUGGAUUUCCCACCACGCGAAACGGCACCUGGCGCUGGCCGGUCCGGCAGCUUUCUGGAGACCGAGAUCUCUGCUUCACCAGCUACCCCACGGGAUACCGAGGGAGCAGCGGCGCUUGCUGCAUUGGUGACACCACUUCCGGGACUCGGGCGUACCGCUACGAGACCUUUGCGUCCUUGCUUUCAGAGGUGGAGCCUUCAGGGUCCAUGGCUUCUUUGGUUCUGCAGUUGGACGUCUUGGGCGGAGGGGCGGCAACCUGUAUGGUGCCACCCUUGGAGGAGGAGGACUACCUGCAGGCGACACUGCCCGCAGCCUUUGUCCGGCGCCACAACAUCGAGUCCUUGGAAGUCUUCGGGGAGCUGACCUGCUUUCCCUCCGCCAACCACUCCGAGCCUUCCCGCUGCGUCACGGCGGACUUGACGGAGGUGAUGCAGGGUUUGGCCUCCUACUGCGCGCAGUCCUGCGCCUUGUGGGUGGACGCGGCGGUUGGCGUGCCUUUGCCCGUCGCCGGCAAGGUCAUGGCAGGAACGAGUGGCCGCGUCAGACUGGCAGGCGCAGGACUCACCUUCCAGAAGAUCUGUGCCGAACUGCGGAUGCGCGGUGUCUGGUCUGCAGAGAAGUAUAGCUGA